AGUUCCACGUGUGUGCCAUUGCGGUGUGAGCUCAAGAAUACCCUUAAUAAUCACUAAAAAACAACACUGAAUAAAUUUCUUUACUACAGGAGGAUGCAGCGGAUAGUAAAACCUAAGAAUCAACGAGUCAAAAGGGCUCUUGAAAAGAGAGACCCAAAGCUGGUUGAAAACACCAAGACCUCGUUGAUGAUUCGAGGUGGUCAUACCAGUGAGAGGAUAACAGCAUUGCUUACAGAGUUACACAUGCUCAGGAAACCACACAGUCAGAUGUUAAAGAGAAAAAACAUCAUGCGUCCAUUUGAAGAUCAGACUUCUUUGGAGUUCAUGGCACAGAAGAACGAUGCCUCACUGUUUGCUUUUGGUUCUCAUUCCAAGAAAAGACCCCAUAACCUGGUCUUUGGUCGAAUGUUUGAGUAUCAUACGCUGGAUAUGAUAGAACUUGGUGUUGAGAACUUCAAAUCUAUGCAUUCAUUUAAGACAUCAAAGUGUACAUCUGGGACUAAGCCUUGUCUGAUGUUUACUGGAGAGCUGUUUGAUAAUGACCAUAUACACCAGAAGCUUAAGAACUUACUCAUAGAUUUUUUCCGUGGUCCAGUAGUAGAUGCUGUUAGAUUAGGUGGAAUGGAGUGUGUCCUCAGUUUUACAGCUAUUGAUGGGAAGAUCCUCAUGAGGAGUUACAAAGUCUUGUUGAAGAAAUCGGGGAGCCGAACACCUCGCGUAGAGCUGACAGAGAUAGGACCAUCUUUAGACUUGGUCUUAAGAAGAAAUAGACUGGCUUCACAAGAUCUAUUCAAGAGAGCAUGCAAGAAACCAAAGGCCCUCAAGCCAAAGAAGAAGAAAAACAUCAGCCAUGACGUUUUCAAGACCAUGCACGGCAGAGUUCACAUGGAGAAACAAGACUUGGCCAAGCUACAGAUCAGGAAGGUCAAAGCCCUCAAGAGGACAAAGGAACAAACAGAAGAUAACCAGAGUGAUGUAAAGAAGAAAAGGAAAGAAUGAUGAAUUAGAGUGAACACACUAGAACUUGAUGACAAGCAUGGAUAAUAUAUUUGCCUGAACUUAAAGUCUGUCUGUUUUGACUUUGCAAAUGGAUUAUUUGCUGACACCUGUCUCUGUGAAAAGCAAUGGGAUAAUCUGGUAUUGCCAGACCAGAGAUAGUGAGGUAAAUUAAUAUCGAAUGAGGCGUGGAAAAGAAAGCAAUUAGGGUGACACAACAAAUGCUCCUGCGACAAUGACUCCUGGCUUAAUUUCGUCUACGAUGUAAGGUUAGGGUUUUUAGUGUUGAGUCCUACAUGUACAAAAGCUUUAUGAAACCUUAUUGUUGGUAGGUGAGACAAGCAGUAGUAUAAAAGCAUUGAUAAAUGUUACUGGAAGGAAUGAGUUUGGCAAACUAUUAUUAACAUCAUGGUGAGAGAAUACAUGAUGGCUCAGCUGAAAUUCUGGCUACCUGGGAGCUGUAACACAUAACUUAACGAUUGAUCAAAGAAUUAAAUUGAUGGUAAAGUUACCAAAGGUCACUUAGGGGUAAUUGAACUUGUAUCAACGUAGGCUGGGGGACCUCGAAGCCCCCUCCCAACAUUUGCGCGAUAUUUUUGCUGCACAAUUUUUUUUACCAUGCUGCUCGGUGACAUUGUACUCUAAGUCUUGUGCAUUUUUUUAGACCAAAUUUGCGAUGCCUGGGUACGCGGUUUCAAAAUUACGCAUCAUUUUGUAAGAGCAUGUCAGACCCAAAUUUGCCCAAAAAUGUGAUUUCAUGUACAAAGUUGAUGCAAUUUGUGUUUUCAACCAAAAAUCAUAAAUGUAUGAUUAUUUUUAAUUUUGCUGGUAUAGAUGGAUUUAUUUUAUGCUCUUUAUGUUUAUAUGAUCUCUUGAGAGUCUCCAACAAAGUUCAUUGAUAAAAGAAUGAAAAACAAGGUAGAAAAAAACAAAGAAAUGCAUAAGAAAUUACAAAAACAAUAUAAAGCAUAAGAAAUUGAUCUGAUAUCACAAUUUUUAUUCUGUACAUACAUUUGCUAACAACACCACAAAGAGUUAUUACACCCAAAAUUAGGACAUUUUGGAGCUUUAUUUAGAGGA